ACAGCGUUGCAUUCGCCUAGGCUGCCACGUAAUGUUGUGUGUCGUUAAUGUGUUGCUUUCAUAAAAUAAUUAUUGAAAAAUCACCCUUUUCAAGUGAAAUGCGUGCGUCUGUGAUGUGUAAACCGUAACAUCGAAGAAUAAUCUCAAAAACAAGAAUUUUCGCAGAGUAAUAUUUAAACGCCGAAGAAUGUCUCAGUCAAGUGGUUAUCAGUACCAGCCAUACUCAAAUACUCCAGGAUCUUUGAAAAAUAGACCUCCAAUGGUUAACGGAGAACCCAACACACCGCCACGUGUACAGAAUGGUACACCAUCUUCUCAGUCAUCUCGUGACCCAUCAAGAGAACCCUCAAGAGAUCCUUCACCCACACCUAAUCAAUAUAGAUCACAGAUGCCAAGGUCGUCUAUGCCUCCCAUUAAUGGACAGCAAAGUUUGAGUAGGAACCCUGCUGCUUUACCGCCACGAAUGGGUCAAAUGCAGAACUAUAGUCCUUCUGGAACGCCUCCGCCGCUUCAGAACAGUCCAUCAAAUAUUGCACCCUCAGUAUCCAACGUCCCUAUGCUUAGGCCACCUUAUUCUACCACACAACCUCUAGAUCAGCUAUCUAGUUCUCAGCAAAUUUCCUCAAAAAGUCAAAUUCUAUCCCCAAAUCCUACUCAAACCGUGGCAGAGCCCUCAGUUCCUCCAACUUCGAAUCAAAGCUAUUCAUUGCCAGGUGGAUAUGUAAAACCUGCAUUUGCUGACAAUGCUCCUGAUUUGAACAAUCUUUCAUUAACUGACAACGCAAACAUCACAGCUGCAUCGCAGACUGUAUCUAAACCCCAAAGUUACACACAGUUAGGACCAAGCCUAAGUCAUACAGGAUCAACUGUUGGUCAGGUUAGUCGAACAACUCAAAAUUUAUCACACCAUCCGCCAAUUCAGAAUAACAGGCCACCCAUGAUGAGUGACCCUCAAACAUCAUCAGAUGUUGGAAAUACAAGAUAUAACUCAAAUAAAACUGUAGAAAGUGUGAAUCAGCUGUCUUCAAGUUCAUCUACACAACCAGACAGUAACCAGCCAAGUCAAACUCCUUUCUUUCAAUCACCUGAGCAACCUAGAAGUUCAACACAAAAUAUUUUUGCACCUUCAAACACUAAUUCUGCCACGAAUUUGAGCUCAGCUAGUUUAUCAUCACAACCCAUCUUCAGUAGCACGCAAAAUCUGUUUAGCAGUACACAAAAUGUACAAACUAACUCCCAGAAUGUGCUGGGUACUGUACAAACUGCCAUUCCAAGUUCCCUAAGCACUCAGUAUUCUACUCAAAAUUCGAGUACAACAAACUUACAGACACAGUUUGCCACGCCUGGACCUCCAGCCACUCAAUACUCUCAAAACACGGUUCUGACAAACCCGCAAACCUUCUCCGGUCCUCAGACACCCUAUGUGUCCUCAACGCCAUCCUCGACCCAAUACAAUACGAAUCAAUAUUCCAAUCCACAAGCCACGCGCAGCAGUCAAUCAAAUUUGGCUGGACCUCCUACUGGACUUAGUCAGAGUCAAAGUUCGUAUGGCAGCCUCCAAAAUUUAACCAGUCAAAGGAAGUAUCCUCAAAAUCCUUACGGAAUACAAACACAACCGGAAACAGGAAAUAUGGUUGGUCCCCCUCUGGCUCCACAGAACCCUGUGUUGCAACCGCCUGCUCCAGUUGGCCCAGGGCAAUAUCAAAGUGGUCCCAUCCAAACUGCGAUGCCUCUUUUGCCAGGACACCAGACUACGAAUCAAAAUCAGUAUGCCAUGCAGCCCCAUAAUACUGGGCAAAUGUCUAAUGUUCCACUGGAUAAUAUGGCCAAACGUUAUCCAGGUUCUUACCCUGACCAAAUGAAUCAGUUAAAUAAUCAGAUGGGCGGUCUCAAUGUUACUCAUUCUGGCUUCAAUCAACUAUGGGGGAUGGAAUGUGUUGACCUCCUACAAACGCGAAAUAUUUUACCAGCUGAAAGUGUCAAACCACCGAAAGUCAAAUUGCAGCAGGAAUUUCUUGACAGUGUAAAUUGUAGUCCGGAUAUUUUCAGAUGUACGUUAACUAAAAUUCCUGAAAGUAGUUCUCUACUGAAAAAGUCCAGAUUACCAUUGGGAGUUCUAAUUCAUCCGUUUAAAGAUUUGAACCAUUUGCCAGUAAUACAGUGCAGUACAAUUGUACGUUGCCGUGCUUGUAGAACCUAUAUAAAUCCAUUUGUUUAUUUUGUGGAUUCAAAGAGAUGGAAAUGCAACUUAUGCUACAGGGUGAAUGAACUUCCUGAAGAAUUUCAGUUUGAUCCAGUUACUAAAUCUUACGGCGAUCCAUCACGGAGACCAGAAGUAAAAACUAGUACUAUCGAAUUUAUAGCACCUAGUGAAUACAUGCUUCGUCCUCCACAACCAGCCGUUUAUUUGUUCCUCCUGGACGUAUCAAGACUUGCGGUAGAAAGCGGAUACCUGAAUGUCGUUUGUAAUACGAUAGAUGAUGAAUUGACUAGAUUACCUGGAGAUAGUAGAACGCAAGUUGGAUUCCUUGCAAUUGAUUCUGCUUUACAUUUCUUCAGUAUGCCUGAUAAUGUAUCACAGCCACAUGAGAUGGUUAUGUUGGAUGUGGAUGAUGUAUUUUUACCCUGCCCUGAUAACCUGAUUGUAAAUUUGAAAGAAAGAGAGGAAUUGAUCAGAGAUCUGUUGGCACAAUUACCAGUUAAAUUUCAAGGAACGCAUGAUACGAACUGUGCUCUAGGGGCAGGCUUACAAACAGCUUUCAAACUAAUGUCUCCAACUGGUGGAAGAGUGACGGUGUUUCAGACUUGUUUACCUAAUUUGGGACCUGGUUCUUUGCAAUCUAGAGAAGAUCCAAACAACCGAUCAGGCAAAGAUGUACCACAUUUGAAUCCAGCAACUGAUUUCUAUAAAAGAAUUGCAUUAGACUGCAGUGGGCAACAAAUUGCUGUCGACUUGUUUCUACUCAAUAGCCAGUACAGCGAUUUGGCCACAUUAUCUGGUAUGUGUAAGUUUUCGGGUGGUUGUAUGUACCACAUACCUUUAUUCCGAGUGAAUAAACCUCAGCAUACGGAUAUACUGGAGAGAAUGCUGCGUCGUUAUUUGACGCGUAAAAUCGGCUUCGAAGCAGUGAUGAGAAUACGUUGUACACGGGGUCUUAGCAUAGACACUUUUCACGGAAACUUCUUCGUACGGUCGACCGACUUACUUAGUUUGCCAAAUGUUAACCCAGAUGCAGGUUUUGGAAUGCAAAUUGCCAUUGAGGAGAAUCUGUCAGACGUUCAAAGUGUUUGCUUUCAGGCUGCACUUUUAUAUACUUCUAGCAAGGGCGAAAGGCGGAUUAGAGUACACACCUUAUGUCUACCAGUUGCAGCUAAUUUGAGUGAUAUUUUACAUUCGGCUGAUCAACAAUGUAUCAUCGGACUAUUGGCUAAAAUGGCCGUUGACAGAUCACAACAGUCUUCGUUAUCCGAUGCAAGGGAUGCAUUGAUAAACGUUGCAAUUGACGCUUUAUCUGCCUACAAAGUAUGUCAAUCUGUAGCGUCAGGGAGUCUUUUAGCUCCAGGAAAUUUGAAGUUACUGCCGCUUUAUAUUAUUGCAUUAUUGAAAUACAUCGCAUUUCGAUCAGGGACCAGUACACGAUUGGAUGACAGAGUGUUUGCAAUGUGUCAAAUGAAGGCACUUCCGUUGUCUCACCUCAUUCAACACGUGUAUCCCGACAUGUAUCCAAUUCACGCUCUCAAUGACGAAAAUGCGAAAGACGUUGACGGGAAGAUAUGCCCGCAACCACCACGGUUACAUUUGUCUGCUGAAAAACUCGACUCACGAGGCGCGUUUGUACUUGAUGCUGGUGAUAAAAUUCUCAUCUACGUAGGAAAAAAUUUACACCCAUCAUUCUACAGUAACGUUCUGGGAGUUCAAGCUUUUUCUUGCAUACCUGAAGAAAUGUACCAACUGCCUGAGUUGGACACCCCUGAAAGCGAUAGAGUUCGUAAUUUCAUAUUUAGUCUUCAAGAAGAAAAACCGUACUACGCUUCCCUGCAAAUAGUUAGAGAGGACAGUCAUUUCAAGCAGAUUUUCACAGAACGAUUGAUCGAGGAUCGUAUUGAGUCCGCGUUGAGCUACUAUGAAUUUUUACAGCACUUGAAAACCCGUAUAAAGUAGCAGAGUUUAAAGGAUUUUGUACAACGGAAGUCUUGGAAAGACAUUAAAUAGUGUGAAUAUUUAUGUAAGAAUGUAAUUGUGAAACGAUGAAGAUUGAUAAUCGUGUGCGUUGACUCCGAGGACGUUUAUGGAUCGGCGAAUGGUUAUAACGAUAUCUAGGAGUGACUGUGAUCGAAGUGUUAUAGAAUAUAAUAGACUGUACAGCACGCUAGAUACAACCAUUUUAAUCUCACUGGUGGUUGUUCAUCGUAUCAUUGAACGUCAUCACGGAUAUGCCUAAAUAUUCAUCAAAUAACUAUAAUUCGAGGUGGAUUGAUAUGCCAUAUACAAGUAUGUAAUGAAAAAAAUAGCCUUGUUUUAAUCGCAAAGUUCAAGCAUUUAAGUAAUAGAUUAUUGUAAUUACUAUUACAUCGUGUACUAUGAAACAAUGAUUGAUAAUGUUAUAUGUGAUUACGUUGUUGUGUCUUAUAUUUAGUAUAUUCAAUUUCGUUAUCCCACAUUUUACAGCGAGAUAUUUUGUAUCUACGGCAAUACCACUGAUCACGUUUUAAGGUGUUUAAUCGGGUGAACCAAAAUAUCACGCUAUAAACUAGGUCUCUAUUCUGUUUUGGGAGACACAUGGACUCUAUCGAAAAUAUUGUAAAAAAAUUGCGCCAAAAUGUUCAAUUCUGAUCCCAUAUACUUAGUCGUGAAUGAUUAUUUGUUUCCAACUUAUGCCCAACCUGCAGUUCGAAUAAAUUUUAACAGUUUCAAGAUUCGUAUCCACACACGCACACAUAUAUUCCAAAUUUGUACAUUCAGAUCAUUGAAAAUUUUUAUUUUAAUUAGUUCAUAUUAUUUAUAAAAUGGAAAUUUUUUUGGCAGGAGUGCAUACAUGGAGUAUUGUACCAUAUACAUAUAUACAUAUUAUGCGAUAGUUUAUAAGUAGUUACAAUAUUGAAAGUGAGAAUGAGGAAUUGUUAUUCCUUCUUUCAAAAUAUUGCCGACCACGAUUGUAUAAUAUUUAUCACGCGAUGUAUUAAAUACAAGAAAUAACGAGGAGAAAACAAAAUAGAAAGAACUGCUGCACAGACCAUCAGGGCAGUGAAAAAAAUUCGAAGCAUCACUUCUUGAAAUGUAGAAAUAACAAUGAUAAAUAAAACCGAAUAACAAUUAUAUACAUAGUUACCUAUUAAAAAAGGGACGAAGGAGUCUUGUAUUGUAUUAAAUUCGUUACUAUUGGAUUUCAAAAGUUCACCUCCGCUUGUUAUAUUGAAAUAAUUACCAAUUAUUGUUAAAUAUUAGUUACUAUGAAUCACGUAUGUACAUUAUUAUACAAUAUAUGGGACAAAAAUAUCGUAA